UGCAAAUAUUUAGGGCUUGGGCAUGGAGGAAGCCCGGCAGGCGCUGGGUGAUGGUCGAUUCCCCGACGCUGUCAAGCUCUGCAAGCAGCUACUCAAGCACGAUCGCCGCAACUACGAUGGAUUCGUGGUCCUGGGCCUGGCGCUCGUCCGCAGCUCGCAGCAUCUGGAUCAGGCCGAAAUGUCGCUCAAGAAGGCCAUCUCUCUCGAUCCAUCCGCAUUGCCGGCGUACCAGGCUAUGGUCGAGCUGCGGGAAUCGAUGGGAAGCUCACCAGACUUGCUUGCCGAAUCGAUCCAAGCAGCUCUGGAUGUGGCCAUGGCGCGGAACGAGAGUGCGCUUGCGGCGGAUUUGAUGCGGAAGCUUGCACGGACAUUCUCAGCUGGACACAAGCACGAUCAAGCGAAAGCUGCUUGGGGCCAAGUUCUCGACAUGGAAGUAAGUCGAGAGCAACGGGUUGAGGCCCUCUCUGGAAUUGUGGACGCGCACAUAGCAGCCGGCAAAGGAGCGAAAGAAUGCGAAGCAACUGGAGAGGAAGAAACACAAGCCAUGGUGUCACACCUUGAAGAGCUUGUCUCCAUGCUACCUUACGUUGAGAUCUACCGGGAACUUUUGUUGGCACUUCUUGCUUGCAAAGCUCGUCGAGCCAUUGAAAGCAAGUCGAUGUAUGGGCAUUUGGUUGCCAUAUGGAAGCACCUUGGCGAUGCAAGCUUGAUGUACGCGCAGUCGUUGCCUUUUGAAUCAGCAGAUCCGCAGAGAUCUUGGCAAGAGGCUGUUGACUCGUGGUACAGUGAACGAGUAGAUGCUGCGAAUAAUGCUGUGCAUGCGUAUCGACGUGCAAUCCAUUUGCUACCAAGCGAAGGGAGUCUGUAUCGUGAUCUUGCAACCGCAAUGGAGUAUAUGUUGAAUUUAAAGAAACCUUCCAGACCCUCACAAACAAGAUGGUUCGAAACGGAAAUUAUUGUCUGCUGUGGUUUGCAACACGAUGGAUCGAACGCGGACAUGUGGGUGUCUCUAGCUCUCGUCACUCAACACAAAGGACUCCGGCAGCAUGCUCUUAUUCAGGCUCUCCGACUUGAUGCAAACCAUGCAAUUGCAUGGGCUUAUCUAGGCCAACUCUAUUUGAGUUUGGGUGAGCAAGUCCUGGCGCAACAAUCAUUCGAUAGAGCUCGAAGUGCAGAUCCAACUUUAUCAUUGCCAUGGGCCGGAAUGGCACUCAUCCAUUAUAAUUUAAGCCAGAGAACUGCCUCGAAGGAUCAGGCUUAG